CCACUUGCUGCUCUCUAACUGCAGAAAUUAAGGAGCCAGAGACAGUUUCUUGGACGCCCUGUGAAUAUCAGAAAGUAUAUUUUGGAGGGGUUAAAAGAAGACCAAGGGAUAUGGUGUUCACAUUUGCUUCCAUGGAACCUAACCAGUCUUCCCUGAGAAACAGAAACUAACAGUGGCAAGAGAUCUAACCUAAGUAAGAAAGAAGCUAUUAAAGGAUUCCAACCUCCUCUUCCUUCCCUGGGCUCAAACUCUAUUGAUCUCCCAGUCCAUGAAGAUGACUUGGUGGAAGAAGAAACUCUGCAGGCAGCAUUCCCUGUGGGCCCUGGGCUGCUAUUUGCUGCUGGCCAUUGUUGCUCUGAGAUUCUCUCUCAGAUUGAAAUGCGACUUUGAUUCCCUGGAUCUGGAGUCCAAGCACUGUAGGGACAUCUUGUACAAGUCCCUGCAGUUGACAGCAAGGAGAUCCAUCAACUGUUCUAGAAUCAUCAAAGGGGACAAGGAAGCAGUGAUUGAGGCUCUCCUGGACAGGCUGGAGGUCAAGAAGAAGCGGGAGCCUUUCACAGACACUGACUACAUCAACAUGACCAGAGACUGUGAGUACUUUAAGGCCAAAAGGAAGUUCAUACAGUACCCACUCAGCAAAGAGGAGUUAGACUUCCCUAUUGCAUACUCUAUGGUGGUCCAUGAGAAGAUUGAAAACUUUGAAAGGCUGCUGAGAGCUGUGUAUGCCCCUCAGAACAUAUAUUGUGUCCACGUGGAUCAGAAGUCCCCAGACACUUUCAAAGAGGCAGUCAGGGCAAUUACUUCAUGCUUCCCAAAUGUCUUUAUAGCCAGUAAGCUGGUUCGGGUGGUUUAUGCCUCCUGGUCCAGGGUGCAGGCGGACCUGAACUGUAUGGAAGACUUGCUCCAGAGCUCAGUGCCCUGGAAAUACUUGCUGAAUACAUGCGGAACAGACUUUCCUAUAAAGACCAAUGCUGAGAUGGUCCUGGCCCUCAAGAUGUUGAAUGGGAAGAACAGUAUGGAGUCCGAGAUACCUAGUGAGUACAAAAGAUCUCGCUGGCAAUAUCACUAUGAGGUAACAGACACAAUACACGUAACUAACAAGAAGAAGGACCCUCCCCCUAAUAAUUUACCUAUGUUCGUAGGGAAUGCCUACAUUGUGGCUUCUCGAGGCUUUGUCCAGCAGGUCUUUGAGAACCCCAAAGCCCGGCAACUGAUUGAGUGGGUGAAAGAUACCUAUAGCCCCGAUGAACACCUCUGGGCCACGCUUCAGCGUGCCCCAUGGAUGCCUGGCUCUGUUCCCUACCACCCCAAGUUUCACAUGUCAGACAUGGCUGCCAUUGCCAGGCUGGUAAAAUGGCAGGGCCAUGAAGGAGACAUCAGCAUGGGGGCACCUUAUGCACCUUGCUCUGGGACCCAUCAGCGGGCUGUCUGUAUUUAUGGCAUUGGGGACCUUCACUGGAUUCUUCAGAACCAUCACCUGUUGGCCAACAAGUUCGACCCAAAGGUGGAUGAUAAUGUUCUUCAGUGCUUAGAAGAACACUUACGGUAUAAGGCCAUCAACAGACUGCACUCUGAGAUACACUGAGGGAACUGCUACCUCAGAUCGAAAUGUGGGGCAAGAACAUGUGCAAACAUGCCCAGAAUAUGCUGGGACAGUGUGGGGUGGGAGACCAGGUCUCUGGGAUCCACAGCAUCCCACAGGGUUAGGGGGCUGCUAUUGGAGUGUGGGUAAGUAGAUCUGUUGCCUUGCAAAUUGCUAUCCCGGAUGAACACUGACUUAGCUCACCCCACUCCCAGGAGCCCCUCCACUGACUUUCUCACAGAGUGAGCAGAAGAACUAGUUAUUUGGGAGAGCCAGGGAGGGAAGUGUGACAGGGGACCCUGGACUUUAGUUGAAUGCUUGGUGUCCAGCGUUUCCAUUCUGUGGAGAUGCCAUUCCUAAUAAUUCUAGGCUUGGUAGUGGGAAAGGGGAGUUUGAUGGAAAUAGUGCCUUCUCAUGUACUAUUAACUUACAAAUAAAUAGCUCCUAAUUCAAACCUCUACCUCCGCUUUCUGUUUGGGAAGCCAGAAAUCAGACAAAAGUCCUACACUUGUUUUCGUUACUAUUGGUGGCAUUUAAAAUCCCUUGUGGCUGGCCAGAGACUCCCCAUUAUUCUAAAAUGAUCAUGGCAGGCUGUAUGAACAGCAUAUUCAAAAAAAUAUAAAGGUACAGAGCUGAUGCUUUCAUUGUUGAAAACCCUCCUCAUGUUGUUUACAUUGCCACAUUUGUGACUCUUCUGUAUGGGAAAAGGCAGAGUGAUUUAACCAAUCUGACCACCAUAUCUUUAUGGGAAAAUUACAACCCUAAUUUAGCCAGCUUCACAGCCAAAGCUUAACGUUCCAUAACAAAGAUAAUAGCUAGUUUAGGGAAGGUCACCAUAUAAUUUAUUGUCCAAACUGGAACACUUUUACAGGAGGGAGGGUGGCUGUACUAUUACAAUUAUGUGGGGAAACAAAAAUAAACAAGGACUGUUUAGCUAAACCAGGAAAUCGGGUUAUUUCACAUUUAGGUCUUUUGAGUGAAAACUCUUUAAGUAUGUGAAUGGAAGAGUCACUAUUUGUGGUUCUUUGGCUUAUACAUUUCCUCGUGGGGAGACAAUUUUGUGUGUGUGUAUUUGCCUCCACUCUCUGUAAAUGUUACCCAGUGAAACAAUGAUCUCUGAGGCUCCAGAGAUAAUUGUCAUAGCAUUAUGGAAGGCUAUUGGCUAUUAGUAAUACUCUUCUGUGAUGGACCGGGGAGACUACAGAAAAAGAGGCAUAUCUUCUAUAUAGUACAGUUGAUCUUCUGCAUACAAUAUGCUUUGGAAAAAUGAUUUAAAUACAAAUUAAUUUGUGUAAUUUGAAUGAUGUUCCCAUUAACAUGUCAUGAUAUUGUUUCUUCAUUUCUUAUUAUGACUCAACCAAGUGUUUCUCUCAUUAUCAACUUUCCCUGUAACCCAUGUACUCUGACAUAGUUAUCACUGUGUCUGACAGUGAAUUUUCUAUUUAUAGUGACUGCUUUUGGUAAAGUUGUACUCCUUUGGUAAUGGUCACUGCCACUACCAACUUACCUGCAUCAUACUAUUGAGUCCUCUUCACCUUGCCCCCAGCCCUGCCUCCGAGAUGGCUGAUGGAUAGUCAAGGGCUCAGCAGAUGAGGCUCUGUAAGGCCUCUUCCCGGCAGGGGAGCUCACGGACACCUUCACUGCUGUGGGAAGUGGGCAGAAAAGCUUCCCCGAAUGCUCGCAUUCUGAGGAAAGAACUUGGGUCCUUGGCCUCAUACUUGACUUCCUCUGUAUAUUUUCAUGUGAAAUAAAUUAUCGUUUUUAUACAAACAAACUAAAUUGUGUACUUGU